UACUUUUUAAUUGAUAGCAUCAUUCCUUAAAAUGGCACCUCACCCAACAACUGAUUGGAAUCAAUUACAAGAUCGUUUCUAUCGGAAACAAGAAAUCUAUGCGAUGCUUUGGAAGCAAUUGGACCUUUCGAAAUUUAUGAUUGCGGGAGCUCCAUAUGGUGGACCAAUUGCAAUGAUCCGUGACGAUAAAAAAGUAAUUUUGUUACAAAAACAACAGCCAGUAAAGCCUACUAUUUAUCUUUAUACUUCUGCAGGAAAAUUGAUGGAACAAUUACAAUGGGAUAAAGGUCGAAUUGUAGCAAUGGGUUGGUCUGAAUCUGAAAAAUUGGUUGUAGUCUUAGAAGAUGGUACAAUUAGGCUAUACGAUAUUAAUGGAGAAUAUACUCAGCUUUCUCUUGUUAAAGAAGCAAAAGAAUAUUCAGUUAUUGAUUGUCAGAUAUGGGGAACUGGGUUGGUGGCUUUAACAGGAAAUUUUAAAUUAAUAGUUCUUACCAAUUUUGAAGAACCUAGACCUCAUCUUAUGGCAGAUCCAGGUUUAAAUGAACCACCACAUAGUUGGACGGUGAUUCCACCACAAUAUACACUUAGCCGUCAUGUAGAGGUAUUAUUAGCAACCGGCUCUACAAUUCUAACUGUUGACACUAAAGAAUCUCAAGACCAAUUGCUUCAACAAGGUCCUUUUACUAAAAUGGCCGUGUCACCAAAUGGCAAAUUUUUAGCACUUUUUACCUCUGACGGUAAACUUUGGGUAGUUUCCACUGAUUUUCAAAAGAACCUUUCGGAAUUCGCCACUAAAUCCCAAGUUCCUCCUCAACAAUUAAUCUGGUGCGGUACUGAUUCUGUCGUAUUGUACUGGGAUAAGAUUGUGUUAAUGGUUGGUCCAUUUGGCGAUUAUAUAAAGUAUUCAUAUGAUGAUGCUAUUUAUCUUAUUCCUGAAAUAGAUGGUGUGCGUGUCAUAAGUAGUGACAAAUGUGAAUUCUUGCAAAAAGUUCCAAAUGUUACUGAAGAAAUUUUCAAAAUCGGUUCGACUGCACCAGCAGCCAUGUUAUUCGAUGCAUUAGAUCAUUUUGAAAGACGAAGUCCAAAAGCAGAUGAAAAUAUACGGAGUAUUCGAGCAGAACUUGCAGAGGCAGUUGACGCUUGUACGGAAGCAGCUGGACAUGAAUUCAGCCAAUAUUGGCAACGUAAUUUACUUAAAGCUGCAGCAUUUGGUAAAGCGUUUUUGGAAUCGUACAACGCCGAUAAUUUUGUGGAUAUGUGCCAAACUUUAAGAGUAUUAAAUGCUGUACGAUAUUAUGAAAUUGGAAUACCGAUAACUUACACACAAUAUACACGCCUCACGCCCGAUGUAUUAAUUGAUCGAUUGAUAAAUCGUCAUCAUCAUUUAUUAGCACUACGGAUAUGUGAAUUUUUGAAGAUGAGAACAGACAGAGUAUUAAUUCAUUGGGCCUGUGCAAAGAUCAAAAAAUCGACUGAUGAUGAAGAAACUAUUUGUCAUAUGAUUGUGGAAAAGUUGAUCAACAAGCCAGGUCUGUCUUAUGCAGAAAUUGCCAAUACUGCUUAUAAAGUUGGUCAGCCAAAAUUAGCAACAAGAUUGCUUGAUUAUGAACCGCGUGCAGCUGAUCAAGUACCUUUGCUCAUGAGUAUGCAGGAAGAUGAAUUGGCUUUAAUUAAGGCAAUUGAAAGUGGGGAUACAGAUUUAGUAUAUUUGGUAAUGCUUCAUCUUAAAAGGAAACUUCCGCUUCCUGAAUUUUUCCGAAUAAUUAACAACAAGCCUAUGGCUUGUAAUUUAUUUGAGGUAUAUUGUAAACAACAAGAUUUGAAACUUUUGGCGGAUUUUUACUAUCAAGAUGAUAGAUGCGUUGAAAGUGCGAAUAUCACAAUUUUAGAAAGUUAUAAGCAAAAGGAUUUGAAUGAAAGAACUAACAAGUUGAAGAUAGCAUUAAAAUCGUACCAAGACGAUAAAGAGCAUGCUUUUGAGGCAAAGGCAGUUGACGAAAACAUCAGAUUACUGCAAGUUCAAGCUCAAUUUGAAAAGGAAAUGAACCAACAAUUGGUAGGAUUACCUUUGAAUGAAACAGUACAUAAGUGUAUCACUACUAAUAAUCCCAAUAAAGCAAAUAAACUAAAGUCAGAUUUCAAAAUUCCUGAUAAAAGGUUUUGGUGGAUUAAAUUAAAAGCUUUGGUGGAAAUGAGAGAUUGGCCUGAAUUAGAACGUCUUUCAAAAUCGAAAAAAUCUCCAAUCGGAUAUGAGCCAUUUGUGGAAGAAUGUAUUAAAGCUAUACAACAUAAAGAAGCUAUAAAAUACAUUACAAAAUGCGACCCUGCUGUAAGACCAGGUUUAUUUAUUAAAAUAGGCGAUUUCAAAGCGGCAGGACAGGAAGCACUCGCAUUAAAAGAUAUUCAGUUAUUGAGAGAAAUUCAAAGUAAAUGUACGGACCAAAUAAUUGCACAAGAAUUAGAUGCUUAUAUUGCACAAUUGAGUUCAAAAUAGAAUAAUAGAUUUUUGUACUUUUUAAUUUAUUUGUAUAUGUUUUAAAACAAAUUACAAAAUAAAAUAUAAUUUGAUUUAUUAUUGAAUUAU